CCUCUUGUCUAAGGCUUAUAUCUUUCAAUUCUAAGGCGCUCUUGUACUUGCUCAAAACAAACACCAUGAACGAACCAACGAAAAUCGACACAAGGAGCGCAAAACCAGCAAAAACAACAAAACCCACAAAAAUUCUACAGCCAAAGGAAGAUCUCUCAUUUGUUUCCACCUGAGAUAUGGCCUUGGAUUGGCUUCUCCGGCCAGUUCUUCAUGUGUUCAUCAUCAUUUUCAUAUUCCAAUUUACUUGUGCGCCUUCAAUAUCUGAAUCCGAAGCCUUGAUUAAGCUCAAGAGUUCUUUUACCAACGCUACUGCUCUUAGUUCUUGGGUGCCUGGAUCAGCUCCUUGUGAAGGAAACACUAAGUGGAAAGGACUUGUUUGUAGCAAUGGUAUUGUCACAGGCAUUCGCCUUGAGGAAAUGGGUUUAUCAGGAAAAAUUGAUGUUGAUGCAUUGGUUGAUAUUUCGGGACUCAGAAGUUUAAGCUUUGAAUAUAAUUCUUUUUCGGGUUCGAUUCCUGAACUCAAUCGUUUAGGCUCUUUGAAGAAUAUAUUCUUGACAGGAAACCAAUUCUCAGGCGAAAUCCCAGCAGAGUUCUUCUUGAAAAUGGCGUCGUUGAAGAAAGUUUGGCUUGCGAAUAACAAGUUUUCAGGAGAAAUUCCACCAUCAUUACUGCACUUAUCCAAUCUUAUUGAAUUGCAUCUUGAAGACAAUCAGUUUAGUGGGACUAUUCCACCUGUAGUGCCAUCAAAAUUGAAAAAAUUCAAUGUGUCAAAUAACAAAUUAAGUGGGGAAAUUCCUGAUGGUUUAGCCAAAUUCAGCAAGUUUUCCUUCGAGGGAAAUGCUGACCUUUGUGGAAAGCAGAUUGGUAAAGAGUGUGCAGAAGCAGAAGCAGAAGCAGAAGCAAAAGCAAAAGCAGAAGCAGAAGCAAAAGCAGAAGCAGAAGCAGAAGCAAAAGCAAAAGCAAAAGCAAAAGCAGAAGCAGAAGCAAAAGCAAAAGCAGAAGCAGAAGCAAAAGCACCAGACGCCUUUGCACCAGCCCCUGAUAUGAUUAUUUCCACCGACAGCGUUGGUAACAUUAAGAAGACAGGUGCAGGGAUUAUAGCAUUGGCUGUCAUGUUGUUUCUAAUAGGAGCUGUGAUAAUAUGUAAAAUGAGGAGAAAAGAUGAUGAUGAAGAUGAUGAAGAAGACGAUGCAGCUGAUCAGGAGAUAGUAGAAGUGCAAGUUUCCCUGCCAGUUAGACAGAAAGAAGUGGACUUAAAAAAAAAACCACUACCAACUCGCAAAGCGCCACCUGCUGGUGCUGCCAGUGGCGGUGUAGGUGAAUUAGUAAUUAUGAAUGAUGGAAAGGGUAAUUUUGGGCUGAUGGAUUUGAUGAAGUCUUCUGCAGAAGUGCUUGGAAAUGGGGGAUUGGGAUCUUCAUAUAAAGCUUUGAUGGCUAAUGGUGUGACAGUGGUGGUUAAGAGAUUGAGAGAAAUGAAUGCAUUUGGAAGAGAUGGAUUUGAUGCAGAGCUGCGAAAGCUUGGAAGGCUAAGGCAUCCUAAUAUUUUGCCACCAUUGGCUUUUCAUUUUCGGAAGGAUGAGAAGCUCUUGAUCUAUGAGUACAUAUCUAAAGGGAGUUUGCUCUAUUUGUUGCACGGUGAAAAGGGAGCCUUGCGUUCUGAGCUCAAUUGGCCUGCUCGUCUCAAGAUCGUCCAAGGAAUUGCCAGAGGGUUGGGCUAUCUUCAUACUGAACUUGCUUCCUGUGACUUGCCUCAUGGAAAUCUCAAAUCAAGCAACAUCCUCCUGAAUCCUGACAAUGAGCCACUGCUUGCAGAGUUUGGAUUCAGUCCACUGGCCAACCCUUCAGUUGUAGGACAAGCUCUAAUUGCCUAUAAGGCCCCAGAAGUUACGGAAUCUGGGGUAUCCCCUAAAUGUGAUGUAUACUGUUUAGGACUGGUGAUUCUUGAAAUCCUCACCGGAAAAUAUCCCCAUCAAUAUGUUAACAAUGGCACAGGUGGGAUUGAUCUAGCCCAGUGGGCGGAAACUACAAUUUCAGAGGGGGAGGAAUGUGAAAUACUUGAUCCAGAAAUUGCAAGCUCCUCAAAUUCACUUGGGGAGAUGAAGCAGCUCCUCCACAUCGGAGCUCUUUGUGCUGCAAGUAAUCCCAUGCAACGGUUAGAACUAAGAGAAGCAAUUCAAAGGAUAGAGAUGAUAAAAUUGGAGAGUACUGCAGCUUAAUCACGUAACUUGUCUUUGCUUUUCAUGAGCAAAUGUUGUACAUUGUUCUAGGUAGCUCUCACUACUUUUAACAAAUAUUUGAUGAACUCUCGUAGCUGAGAAUUGUUUAGACUACACAUGAUAGUUUCAUCUAUUAAUUGAGAUAGCCAUUUGUAUUAACUUUGUUAAUUAGUUUCAAACAAAAAUGGAAUUGAUUUCGAGAUUUCGAAUU